AUGCCUCCCUCGCCUACCAGAUCUCCCUACUCCAACUUGCCGGAGUGUUUUAACAAACCGGUCACUGAGGCCAAUGGACAAACUUCUCGGCCUCUCUCUAAUUUUAAGAAAGAGCAUAGACUAGAACAAACUGAACAUACCGCAAGUGGAGAGACCACACCUAAAGAAGAGGCGGAGAUGAGGGAGCCCAGAGACUUAAGUGUGAGUGCAUUGAAGGAAGAAGGAGCGAACAACAAUCAAUCAAUCACCGAAUCUGAUUGUGAAGGAGACAUGGAACAGGAUAUGAUGGCUUAUGAGAUGUCGGAAUUGGGGGCUAUUCUUAAGGAAGCGGAGACUACCAAACCGGUCCCUUGCCUCAUGUACGUCAUUUUUUAUCAACCGCUUGUUUUAGACGUACUCUAG